AUACCAUCACCUGUCCUGUAUGAGUUAAAUUCACAAAAGAAUUGCAACGAGUGAUACUGGCACAGAAAUAGCCAGUCGCUUUCGCCUUUCGAAAUCCUUUCGAUCGAGUCCACGCUGACUCUAGAACCGGAUUAUUCUGGAUUAAAUCGGAUCAUCUUCGCUUACAAACUGUGCAGCUUCUGGCUUUGUGGGUAAUAAUUCGUCAAGGAAUAUACUCCUACUGAACAAAAGGAUGACGACGGAUUGUCGCCAAAGUGCCUACCAAUGUAAAACUCGACGACAGGCCGCCAAUUACGAUGAGGAGGAUGAUAAAGUUGGGAAGCUGCCCAACCAUGCUGACAGAACCCCUCUAUCGGACACAUCGAGCGGGUACACGCCAACGAAUAAGCUAAUGACUGAUCCAUUCUUUGGUACCGUUGCAGGCAGACUAGCGCAAGAAAUACAUGACGAAUUCUUGGUGUGCAAAAUCUGCUUCGAAAGUUACGUCGACCCAAAAUGCUUGUCCUGCCUGCACACAUUUUGUGCCAAAUGUAUUGAGCGCCAUAUCUCUGCCGAGGUAACUUACAACAAAUAUACAGACUAUAGGGAUUUCACAUGCCCUUUGUGUCGUAAGCGAACUCAGUUACCCCUUGGCGGUGUAAAGCGGUUACCAGACAACUUUCUAAUUUCCGGUCUGACGGAAUUGGUGAUGCGACAACGUGCCUCGUCGCAUUCCUCGUCUUCCAUCACUCUGACAUCCGGACAAAAUGGUAGAGGCACUGGAGAUGGACUUGAGACUCAACCAAACUGGAUAAACGGCGAAGAAAGCUACGAUCGAGUAAACGCGUUGCCUCGCUUGUCCCGCAGUGGAAUCACAUACGGAGAAUGCGAGAUAUGUGCCCAAGUGGGUUGGUUGGACCGCGGUCACUCUACUGAACCUGUGAGCAAACCAACAGGAAACAGCGAUUCAGGACGAGCUAGCUCCGCCACUCUAAGUCAGACCCCAGUGGCUUCCUCCAAAUGUCUGGACUGUAAUAAGCUUUUAUGCGCCCAAUGCGUUCAACGACAUCGUAACACCAGAGUUACAAAGGACCAUGCCACCUACGAUUUACAAGCUGGUAAAGAUAUCGAAUGCAAAGAACAUCCAGGGGAAAGCGUCCGUUUCUACUGUGAGGCUUGUUCUACCUGCAUCUGUGUACUAUGCACCUUCAACGAGCACAGAGAGCAUGAAGUGACUAGUUUUGGUGAGGCAGUAGCUUUUGUUCGAGCCGAGCUGGAAUCCCACAUGGAUCGUGCAUUUCACCGAAUUUCCAAGGCGAAAGCCAGUCUUGGAGCGCUGACUGAAGUGUCUGACCUAGUUCACAGUUUGGAACGUCAAAUCCAUGAGACAUCUGAGCAGUUCAUUGAAGUGAUUCAGAGGCAGGAGCAAGAACUGCUGCACGAUCUCCAUGAAUUCGUCGGCCCGAAAGGUAUGGAGCUCAUAGAUCAGCAGAUAGUUCAUGAGCAGAACUUGGAGGUGGCUCAGACCAUUUGCAAAGAGACCGAAGCGUACAUGGAUGGUCAAGAAAUCGACAUGCUACUAGCUAAGCCUGAACUUUACAAAAAGCUACACCAGCUGAAUGACAUCAACCUGAGUUGCAAUGAUUUUGAACUGGCAACGCUUGAGAUGUUCUUUCGCCCUGGGACUGUGCAACUUGGCUAUUUGACCAACGACCUUUCAGGGCCACCAACAGAACAGUACGAUUAUUUGCAUCUUCCACUGUCGUCCUCUCAAUCCUCUAUUGAAUUGGCAAACAGACCCUGUAUUAAUACAACUUCCACGCAGACGGACUAUAGUUUAUUGGAGAAACUUCUUCAAAAGGAAAAGUCCUCGGAAGAGAAGCAGUAUCGCACGAAAGGCUGCAACACUGAUUGCUUAUCGGUUAGUGAUCAGGAAACAAAUACCCGGCCGCGAGGUAUUCAUACUUCCAUUUCUUUCAGUGAAAUAGUGUCGAACUCCAAUUCUGAAGAGUGUCUCAACCAGCUGGAUGCCAGUAAAUUAGACUUCCAAUCGAUGGACAAUCUGACUAGAGCCAGAAUGCGCCGAAAAUUAAGGGAACACUGUAAUACUUUCGAUGAAUCGCCCGGUUACAAUCACGGAAUCAAGUUGAACGGGGAGCGAAGCAAACCCAGAAGAGGACAAAAUGAUUACGCUUUUUGUCGGUACAGUUUUAUCGACAAGUACCACCAUUAGAAUGCUCAUGAAACUACCAAAUCUGAUUCCAGAGGAUAGCGCCAGCGGCCACGGUAAACUACUAAUAAUCAACAAUGAUUCUUAAUAUUAUCCGUUUCACUUUUUCUCGCAACUACUGACCAGGUUUUCUUUCAUCCUGCAAUGCUGUAACUUCCGGAAACAAACACCACAUGUUAGGUGUGGUUGGAGUGUCAAUCGGUCACGGAAACAUGCUUACUACCAGCAAGCAUACUCGUGUACAUAUUGUGGUUCCUUCGAAGAUGAACACUCGGUGAAUGACACUGAUUGCACCAUAUUUCAUUGUAUGCUCUUUCUUGUGAACCGCGUUCUCACAUGCAAGCAAGCUGACAAAAAGCGAGUUGCAUAAAUGCUUAACUUACCUCAAGCAUAAAACAACAAGUGAGAGGGGAACUAUUUGUUGAAACUACGUUAAACGCUUAGUUGCAAAAGAAACCAGAUCCUUCCGCCAAAUGAAAAGAUGACGAAGCACAAAGUGAUCUUCAUAGCCACAACCCUGUAAGUUUAUGAUCAAAAGCUGAAAAUACUCGGUGUCUCUUCUACGCUUACGUCAGCGCAGUAUUAUAUUUGAACAGCCAUUGCUUUCUUCCUUCUCUCUUCAGCUG